CUCUUUAAUUUUCUUCUUUGCCACUAUACUAAAGCAAACCGCUGUCGACUUUUAGGGUUUUAGAGUUUGAGCCACUUCAAUCCAUUGCACCCAAAAAGAAAACGCGAGAAAAAAAAAAAAAGAGAAUCCUUCCAACAAGUUAUUUGUGAGAAAUACUAGUGGGAAGUCAAAAUGCAGGCUUGUAAUGGAGCUGCAAUGAUGGGUUCUUUGCAACAGCCCAUAUGGGUCAAAGGGAAUAGACCAAUUUUUCCUUUAAAAGGGUAUGGUCUUAAGCUCAACUCUGUCAAACCCUGUAGAGCUCAACUUGAAAGCAGCUUGGUUACUGGAAAGCCUCCCUCUUCGGACUCAUUCCCUGUGGUCGAAACCCGAUUUGUGGACCAUGGCCUCAGUGAAGCCGAUCCCGAGGUUCGUGCUAUUAUUAACAAGGAGAAAGAGAGGCAAUUCAAAAGCCUUGAGCUUAUUGCCUCAGAGAACUUUACAUCCCGAGCAGUAAUGGAGGCAGUUGGGUCAUGUCUCACAAACAAGUAUUCCGAAGGACUACCUGGUAAAAGGUACUAUGGGGGCAAUGAGUACAUUGAUGAACUUGAAAUACUUUGCCAAAAGAGGGCUUUGGCAGCAUUUCAUUUGGAUGAAAAUAAGUGGGGCGUUAAUGUUCAACCAUUGUCUGGUUCUCCUGCUAAUUUUGAGGUUUAUACAGCAAUUCUUAAUCCGCAUGAUCGAAUAAUGGGUUUGGACUUACCACAUGGCGGACAUUUGUCACAUGGAUUUAUGACUCCUAAAAGACGUGUAUCUGGUACAUCAAUCUAUUUCGAGUCAAUGCCUUAUCGGCUUGAUGAAUCCACAGGCCUAGUUGAUUAUGACAUGCUUGAGAAAACAGCUACCCUCUUUCGACCAAAACUCAUAAUCUGUGGUGCCAGUGCAUAUCCUCGAGAUUUUGAUUAUCCUCGCAUGAGGAAGAUCGCAGAUGCUGUUGGUGCAUUUCUCAUGAUGGAUAUGGCUCAUAUAAGUGGCCUUGUUGCCGCUUCUGUAGUUGCUGACCCCUUUGAAUAUUGUGAUAUCGUGACAACAACCACACACAAGUCUUUGAGAGGUCCAAGAGGUGGCAUGAUCUUCUUCAAGAAGGACCCUGUUCUUGGAGUUGAUUUGGAAUCUGCUAUCAAUAAUGCUGUUUUUCCAGGUUUACAGGGUGGACCUCAUAACCACACAAUUGGAGGACUAGCAGUUUGCUUGCAACAUGCACAAUCACCCGAGUUCAAGGCUUACCAGAAUCAGGUAGUGUCUAAUUGUAGAGCUCUUGCAAGCCGAUUGGUUGAACUUGGCUAUACACUAGUUUCUGGUGGUAGUGAUAAUCACCUUGUGCUUGUGGAUCUAAGGCCAUUGGGUAUUGAUGGGGCUCGGGUGGAGAAAAUACUUGACAUGGCCUCUAUCACCUUGAACAAAAAUUCGGUGCCUGGGGAUAAGAGUGCACUUGUGCCGGGUGGCAUUCGCAUUGGAUCGCCUGCAAUGACUACCAGAGGAUUUACAGAAAAGGAAUUCACGGCUAUUGCUGAUUUCAUCCAUGAGGGCGUGCAAAUCACUAUUGAGGCUAAGGGAUUAGCUUCUGGAUCAAAGGUCCAAGAGUUCUUGAAGUUUGUCUCGUAUCCUGAUUUUUCGUUGACGGAUAAGGUGUCCAAUCUUCGUAGUAGAGUCGAAGCACUUACCACCCAGUUUCCCAUACCCGGCGUAUGAGUGAGGUUUAAUUAGUAAUGAGAGACCUGGGAACAUUAUUAUAUCAUAACAUGGUGAAAUCCAACACUGAUUUCUUCCAUAGAUUUAUGAAAAUUUGAGAUGUAGUGAUGAAAGGGGAUGAGUAACGUAGGACUUAAACGUUGGUUUAUGAUGACAACCAGCAAUAAUUUUAUCACUUUAAAUGUGGUUUCUCUACAAUAUUAAUACAUAUUAUAAUUAAUUCAUUAUGAUUCUAUUUUCUUGGAAAAAAUAA